AUCUUACGUCACGCUGUAUUUUUUACGUCACAAUAACCGGCAUUGAGUUUUUUGGGUGUGUAGCCAACUGAGUUUUCUGGCACUGAUAUAUCUAGAUUCUAGAUCUAGAUCUAGAGUCUGGAUCUAGCCGUUAUUCAGCAAAUCAGUGCUUUAGAAGACAAUUCAUUACUUGAUUAAAACUAUUUUAGGCUUGAGUAAAUCAAGUAGGAGAAGACCUAGCCUGAGUCUCGGCUUCGCCUUCAACGUCUAAGCAGAUUCAUCUUCCGUUUCCUCUUGAAAAUGGCCGGGUUUCCUAAAGAUGACUCAGACAUGAUUCCCAUGGGACGAGCAAGGGGUAGAGGUGGCAGAAAUAAAAAGUUUCCUGUUGACCCAGAACCUCCUCUUAUGAUGCCAGAAAAUGUACCAGCUGCAGGUGAUGCCAUGCCUUUAGGCUCUUCUAGAGGUAGAGCAAGAGGCAGAAAAAGAACUGAUGAAUCAGAGCCUUUGGUGGGUAAUAAGCAGGUAGCUGCUGCUGAUCCAGUGUAUACUCCAGCAAGUACCAGUGCACGGCGAGAGCUAUCUCCAACUGAAGACUUAUCAAGGUUGAGUCUCAGAACAAGAAGAACAGCUUUUGAUCAAUAUAUUGAUCAUCCAUGGAAAGACGAGGGCAAAGAUACAGUGGGAAAAUCAGGUGACCAUAUUAUGCUGUAUACUAACUAUUUUGAAGUCAAUCUUGGUCUGGAUCAGAAAAUAUUCCAGUACCAUGUUUCCUUUAAACCUGAAGUUGAAAAUGUCAGAGUGAAGUUUCAGUUAAUUACCUCUUUAACUGAAGUAGUUGGGACAGUCAGAUGCUUUGAUGGCGGCAUCCUCUAUUUGCAAAGACUUCUGCCGAGAGAGGAAGUUGAGUGUGUAGCUCCUCGUGCACAUGAUGGUACACUUGUUACCAUAACAAUCAAAUACAUUUGUGAAAUCCACAAAAAUACUCCUCAGUUCUUGCAGAUUGCAAAUCUCAUGUUCAAAAAGUCCCAGAUGGCACUUGACAUGAAGAAAAUUCGAGAUCACUACUUUAAUCUCAAGUUGGCUAUUAAAAUUCCAAAACAUAGAAUUGAAGUAAUGCCAGGAUUUGCCACAUCAAUUCUGAACUAUGAUGGUGGAAAUUUACUUGGAAUAGAUAUUAUUCACAAAGUUCUCAGAUUUGACACAUUCUUGGAUGCUCUUUAUUUGCUGUUUGAGUCAUCUAGGAGGAACACAGAAGAGUUUCACAAAAGAGCUAUUAAAGAAUUAGUGGGGUCUAUUGUCAUGACAAGGUAUAACAACAAGACAUACCGUGUUGAUGAUAUUAACUGGAAUGCUCGUGCAACUGAUACAUUUGAAAAGAAUGGCGAGCAAAUGAGUUACAUUCAGUACUAUCAACAGCACUGGAAUAUAACUGUAAAGGAUUCAGAUCAGCCUUUACUGGUUACCAGACCCACUGAACGUGACAAGAGAAGAGGACAGAAAACUAAUCUUUACCUGGUUCCAGAGUUGUGUGUGAUUACAGGCUUAAGUGAUCAACUUAGAUCAGAUUACAAUGUAAUGAAGGAUCUAGCUGCCAUCACAAGAAUAGGACCUACAGAUAGACUUAAACAAAUUCAAAGGCUGUGUGAACAACUCAACCAGUCUGAAAAAGUUGGAGAGAUUCUCAGGCCAUGGAAGAUUGAAAUCAGUGAUAAACCUGCUAAGAUACCUGCAAGACAGCUACCUGCUGAACGUCUUCUAAUGAAAACUAACAGGGGUGAAAUCACAAAAAUUUCAUAUGACUCAAGGAAGGCAGAUUGGAGUCGAAACAUGAGGAACAUAUCACUUCUGAAUUCUGUUAACAUGGAUCAAUGGGUGAUCAUCUUUCCAUAUGCAGCUUCUCAGCCAUCAGCAGAGUUGAGUGAAACUUUUACCAAAGUUGGCAAAGGAAUGGGCAUGAGGAUUGUUGAUCCGGUUAAGGUUCAAAUACUUGAUGAUCGCAAUGAUUCAUAUCUUCAAGCCAUCAGACAAAACCUUAAUCCCAGAGUACAAAUGGUUGUUUGUGUGGUACCUAAUUCUAAAAAAGAUCGCUAUGAUGCCAUUAAAAAGUGUUGUUGCAUUGAUAAUCCUGUGCCUAGCCAGGUUGUUAUCCUGAAGACAUUACAGAAGAAACAAGGAUUGAUGAGUGUAGCCACCAAAAUUGCAAUUCAGAUGAACUGCAAAAUGGGAGGUGAAGUGUGGGGUGCUGAGAUUCCGUUGAAAGGCUUGAUGGUGAUUGGCAUUGACACUUACCAUGACUCAGCCCAUAAAAACCAAUCAGUUGGAGCUCUUGUGGCAUCUCUUAAUAAAGAGUGUACUAGGUAUUACAGCAAAACUGAAUACCAUCCUACCAAGGACGAAUUAAUGCGAAACUUGCAGCCACUCAUGAAAGGUGCUCUGGAAAAGUACUAUGAAGUAAAUGGAGCAAUGCCUCAAAAAAUUGUCUUGUAUCGUGAUGGUGUUGGAGAUGGUCAGCUUUAUACAGUUUACAAGUCAGAAUUUGAGCAAAUAAUGAGCGCUUUUGCAGAAGUUGGAGUAAGCAACUCUAGACCUGGUUUUGCAUUUGUUGUGGUCAAAAAAAGGCUCAACACUCGGUUAUUCAAACUUGAGGGUGAUUGCCAAACCAACCCACCACCAGGAACAAUUGUAGAUCAGUUUAUUACCAAACCAAAUUGGUAUGACUUCUUCAUUGUGAGCCAGUCCAUUACACAAGGAACUGUUAGCCCAACAAAUUACAAUGUGAUUUUUGAUGACACUGGACUACAACCAGACCACAUUCAGAAGCUCACCUUUAAAUUAUGUCACCUUUAUUUCAACUGGCAGGGCACCAUCAGAGUACCUGCUGUAUGCAUGUAUGCACAUAAAUUGGCAUUUUUACAGGGACAGUCCCUCCAUCGUGAAUUUUCCAAGUGUUUGUCAGAUAAAUUGUUUUAUUUGUAAUCAGUAGACCUUUGUUUACGGUCUUUUAAAGGUGUUUCCACACUUCCUUUUGUUUGAAAAAAAUGUGGUUUUAUUGAGAUGAUUUCUAGUUAAAAAAUCUUGAAAAUCUACAUAUUCAGAGGCAUUUGUAAUAAGAUAGUCAAAAAAGAUACAUGAUUAAUUAGAUUAUGACUAAUUUUGUCAUUGUUUAAAUUAAUCUUGGAAAUAGGUUGAAUUAUUUAUGGAAAUUUGACUACACACUGUUUUUGGGAUGUAAAUAUCUGGUUUUAUCUAGGUUUUCAAUUACAUCAGUGUUUUUGCUUUUAUAUAAGUUAUUUUGACUUUUUUAAGUUUUAAAAAUUUGUUAAAUUGUUUUAAAAAUACAGGUUUAUUAUAAUUUUAAGAGCUUUUUAAAAAUGUAGGUCUGUUUUAUUCCUAUGUCAACAUCUAGUGCUUAAAAUAUUUUCUCUGUGAUUUUUUUCUUUCUUUUUCUUUCAUGGUUACACAAAAAUUUGAAAUUAUUUUAAUUCUUUUUAAAAUAAUUGAUUCUGUAUGUGAUAUCUUUUUAUUCAAUAUUUUACUUUUUCUUUUGCUUUUUGUCAAAUUGUGCAUGUAGUUUUUUUAAAAGUUAGUCUCAGUGGCUAAAUAUGUUUAUCCUUCAGGAAGAAGGUGGUUUCAAGUUACGUUUUGUUGUUUUACUAGUGCCUGGGUUACAUGAUUUGAAUUUUUUUAUUUAAACCUGUUUCAUUUUAUAACAUGUUUAACAAAACUACAGCAAUGGUAGCAUUAUACCUUUUAAGUAUCUAAAUUCAGAACUCGUGCAUUGUGAAUUUUUAUUGUGCUACACCAGAAACUCAAAUUUUGAAUUUUAUUGCUUGAGAACACCAUAAUAUUUGAAGUGUGAAAAUAAUUGUUGUGCUCUCUGCCAUAAUAGAAAAAAGUUAAUGUUAUGGUAAUAUGUUAACAGUUAACCUUCUUGCUAUUUUUGUAGUAUGAAACAAUAUAUAACCAACCUCAUGUCAAAAUAGGUUUGAUCAUUAGCAAGAGAUGUAAACAAUGAACUUAAUUUGAGAGACUAAUGUAAAAUAAAUUUGUCAUUUUUUCAAAAUGCUUUUAUUUGUGAUCCUCCACUUCUUGAGUAAAUUGCCAUGUAAUGCUUGCAAUUCGGAGAUAAAUUCAAAAUGUGAGGUGUAGUAUGUGAAUGUGGAGAUCGAUUUAUUUCAAAUAAUUCCUAUAUGCACACUACACACUUGUAGUUACUCAUUUUAUGAUUCAAGGUAUCAGUUUAUUAAUGGUUCUAAAUAGUAAUAGUCCCAGAACACAAAAUUAGUAACUAUCCUUGACCCAAAUCAGUGGAGGAUCACACUUAUAUGUUGCAGCAUUUAUUGUAUUUUCUAAUGUUUGAGUUCAAUACAUUUUCAAGUUAAUAAAUUUAUGUAAAAAGUCA